AGUUGUAAGGCGUCGAUCACGAAGCAUGGCGAGCUCGCAAUACACAUCCGACACCUUCAAACCGCUUUUGCUGAAAGUCGUCAAGACUCCGGAGUACUUCACCCCGGACGACCUCAAAGCAGGCCUCGAACACAUCCUGACGCCGGAUGCCGCGCUCCCCGCUCAAAUCGGCGCAUUCUUGACCGCGCUGCACCUCGAACGUAUCGAGCGCCGACCCGACUCGCUCGCUGCCGCUGCCGACGUCCUUCGUGCUAGAGCGAUCAAGGCAGAGGUUAUCGGAGCGGACGAAGAUUUCGUGGUGGAUAUCGUUGGGACAGGCGGCGAUGGGCACAACACGUUCAACGUCAGUACGACCGCCGCGAUAGUCGCUGCUGGAGCAGGCGCGCGAGUCAUCAAACACGGCAGCAGGGCGUCGACCUCCUCAUCCGGUUCCGCCGACCUCCUCCAAGCCCUCGACUGUCUUUUCACCGCGCCCUCCCCCUCGACACCCAACCCGAUCCCGCGCCUCCCCUUCGCCUUCAUUCUCGCACCGCACUACCACCCCUCGCUGGCCUACCUCGCGCCCUUCCGCAAGUCGCUCCCCUUCCGCACCAUGUUCAACGUCCUCGGGCCGCUCAUCAACCCCGCCCGGCCGAAAGGCAUGGUCCUCGGCGUCGCCGAGAAAGAGCUCGGCCGCACGUUCGCGGAGAGCCUCCGUACGGGCGGCGUCCAGCGCGCCCUCGUCGUAUGCGGCGCCGAGAGCCUGGACGAGAUCAGCUGCGCGGGCAACACGUACGCGUGGGAGCUCAAGGACGGGCAGAUCACCGAGUCGACGAUCCACCCGGUCGACUUCGGGCUCGGGACGCACAAGCUCGAGAGCGUCGCGGGCGCGAGCCCGGCGGAGAACGCGGCGGCGUUCAAGGCGCUGCUCUGCUCUGGGAGCGACGUGCCGGAAAAGCUGACGCCGAUCCUCGACUUUGUGCUCCUCAACGCGAGCGCGCUGAUCGUCGUCGCCGGGCUGGCGGACAAUUUCAAGGACGGGGUGCGGCUGGCGAGGGAGAGUAUCACGUCCGGGAAAGCGUGGAAGGCACUAGAGGCGUUCCGCGAGGCAGGCAAAGAAGCCGCCGCAUUGGCCUAACGGAAAAUGCGAUCUCUAGAUGAAGUUAGGGUCAUCGUAGGUUUUUUAUUGUUAUUUGAGCGGGUGCGGUUUGUAAAGAACAACAGAAUGUACUAUGUAUCCUGAACCCCGCGCGCAAUGAACCACAGAGCCCUACAAACACCCCUUC